UAACCCUAUCUGGGUUAGGUCAAGAGCAGUCAAUGCUGCUAAGCAAGACACGUCAUAUAGAUUAAUUAUUUGCGAAUUCUUCGUGAUAAUAGUUUAGUGUUUUGUAUAUUUAACAAUGUACAAUAUGUCGUUGACAGCUUUGUCCAAUUUGGAGAAGAGCCAAGUUCAAGAAUUUGUUAAUUCUUUUGAUACAGUAUUAACUGACUGUGAUGGAGUUCUAUGGAUGGAAAGCCAAGUUUUGCAGGGAUCCCCACAAGUCUUGAACAAGUUCAGGGAAAUGGGAAAGAAAGUAUUUUAUGUAACCAAUAAUUCCACCAAGUUCAAGAAGGAUUUUGUUUCCAAAGCAAAAAACAUGGGCUUUAUUUGUGAUGAAAGUGAGAUGAUUUCUACAUCAUUUCUAACAGCCAACUACUUAAAGGAAAAGAAUGUAAAAAAGGCAUAUGUUAUUGGAUCUGGUGGAAUUGCUCAGGAGUUGGACAGAGUUGGGAUAGAGCACAUUGGAAUUGGUCCAGAUGUAGUGGAAGAGCAUUUUGUCAAUUACAUAAAGAACCUUAAGCUGGAUCCUGAGGUAACUGCAGUUAUUGUUGGUUUUGAUGAGCAUAUUUCAUAUCUUAAGAUCAUGAAAGCAGCCAGUUACUUGGCUAAUCCAAAUUGCAUUUACAUUGCAACAAAUACUGAUGAAAAUUUCCCAGUAAACGCGUCUUUGGUUGUGCCUGGAACUGGAUCCAUUGUAGCUGCAGUUUCCACUUGCUCAGGUAGAAAACCUCUGGUAUUGGGGAAGCCUAAUCCAUAUAUUGUUGAAGCGCUGAUGAAGGAACAUCAGAUUGAUCCAAAGAGAACUUUGAUGAUUGGCGAUCGUUGCAAUACGGAUAUACUGCUUGGAACGAAAUGUGGUUUCCAAACGUUGCUCGUUUUAUCAGGUGUUACAAAAUUGGAUGUUGCACUUGGCUAUAAAAAUUCCGAAGACCACGAUGAGAAUGAAAUGGUCGCCGAUGUUUAUUUGAACAAAUUGGGCGAUCUUUUAAAUUUCUUAGAUUAAUAAA